AUGCAAUAUACUUGUAAUUCAUGUAAUUUGGCCUUUCCAUCUCCAGAGGACCAAAGGGUUCAUAUGAAAUCGGAUUGGCAUCGUUAUAAUUUAAAGAGGAGAGUAGCACAGCUACCACCAAUUGAUGAAGACCUAUUCAAUAGCAAAGUAUCGUCAUUAUCUAUUACUGAAAGUGGAGCAGAUAAUGUUAAUGAGGAAAAGACGAAGAACAGGACGCAAUUAACUAAAAAAGAAAUUAGAAGAAGAGAAAAGGAAACCCUUCAAGCAAAAAAGAGACAGAUUUUAGAGACCGCAAAAGAAGCAAUGAUUUCGAAAAUGAAAGAGCAAGAUAGAGAUAGCAACAGUCCUUCAGAGAGUAUACAAGAGAAUGAAUUAAUAUCAACAGAAGAUACGAAACUUGACGACAAUAAACCGGAGACUAGUAAUGAAAUAACACCUGAGCAACAAGAGGAACUUUUGAUGAAGGAAAAACUCUCGAAUAAGGUAGAAAUACCGGUAACUACAUGUUUAUUCUGUCAUUCCAAACAAAAAUCAAACUUUGAAGAUAUCGAAAGUAACGUUAAACACAUGUUCGUUAAGCAUGGUCUUUAUAUUCCAGAAAGAAAAUAUUUAGUUGAUAUGGAAGGUUUAAUCAAGUAUUUGGGAGAAAAAAUUGGUCUAGGAAAUAUAUGCCUCUGUUGUUCGUAUCAAGGUAAGAAUAUUGAAGCUGUUAGAGAACAUAUGCUCAUUAAAAGACACAUGAGGUUGCCUUAUGAAACAGAGGAUGAAAAAUUAGAAGUUUCAGAAUUUUAUGAUUUUAGUUCAACUUAUGAUGGUAGUAUUGACGAUAAGUCUGUGAAUGAGGAAGACUGGGAAGAUAUUUCAGACAACGAAGAUCAAGAAGAUGGAGAAAGCGAUGAAGAACUAUCUCCAGCUGAUAAUGCCCUUUAUCCAAAUGGACAUGAACUAGUAUUACCAUCAGGUGCGGUCGUUGGACAUCGUUCGCUUGCAAGAUACUACAGACAAAACUUAGCGCCUGAACGUGUAUUAUCAGAGGGUCAAGGUACCGUCAUUGCAGCAGAAACAAGACAUAUGUUGAAUAUUAAAGAUAGAGAGGUCUUAGCUACACAGAAGAGAGCAUGGGGCAGAGAGAAGAAAAGGGAGGAUAUUAAUGAUAGAAGAGCUGCUAAGUUCGUUAAUAACCAACCAUACUACAGAGAUCAAUUAUUACAAUAA